CGAAUUUACUUUAGGGCACAGGCUUGCUGCGUCUCAAAUUUCUAAUUUUAAUUAAAUAAACAUAUUCUCAUUUAAUUAACUAACUCGUUUCGUCCCUCGUGAAUUACUCCAAUCGGCUUUGUUCUUAAGAUUAUAAAACAGUAUUUCCCUUGUUUAUAAGCUAAACUACGUUAACAUAAAUAUAGAAGUUUUUGAGAGUGUAACUUCAGUAUGGGACCGCCAAAGAAAGUAAAAAAAUAUGUUUCAAAACAAUCAAGCAGUGAUAGAUCAAGCAAGAAGAAAAAAGUGGAAGAAGAUAUGACUAUAGACCUAGUAGAUGAUGAUAAUCCUGACAAUGUUGGUGUACCCGGAGCUGCUAUGCAGGAUGCAGAGAAGAAUGAUCAGGUACCGGAAGAUGAGUUCGGAGCUAAAGAUUACAGAAAUCAGAUGGCUCUAAAGCCUGACAAUGCCAGCAGGCCCUUAUGGGUGGCACCAAACGGUCACAUAUUUUUGGAAGCCUUCUCACCAGUAUACAAACAUGCACAUGACUUCCUUAUUGCUAUUGCAGAGCCAGUGUGCAGACCUCAACACAUCCACGAAUAUAAACUAACAGCAUACAGUUUGUAUGCCGCUGUCUCUGUGGGACUACAAACUACAGACAUCAUAGAGUACCUGCAGAGGCUCAGCAAGUGCGCUGUGCCAGCCGGCAUCAUAGAAUUCAUCACUCUUUGCACAUUGUCUUAUGGCAAAGUUAAACUUGUCUUGAAACACAAUAGGUACUUGGUAGAGAGCAAGCACGUGGAGGUGCUCCACAAACUGCUGCGGGACCCUGUGGUGCAACAAUGUCGGCUUCGACGCGACGGCGACGAGCUGCUGCCUACGCCCGCCGCCGCGCCGGCGGCCCUACCACACACUACUGUAGGCGAAGAGAAGCCAGCGGCGAACGGCGUUCCGGACGACAUCAGCCAGUUCUACCAGCAACUAGACAAGGACGACGAUGAGGACGAGGCCACCGACCUCACCGCCAACACCGCUGUCGCCUUCGAGGUCGACCCUGACAAGAUUGAGGUGAUACAAAAACGGUGCAUAGAGCUCGAGCAUCCGCUACUGGCCGAAUACGAUUUUCGAAACGACUCCGUAAAUCCAGACAUUAACAUCGACCUGAAGCCGACAGCUGUUCUGCGGCCCUACCAGGAGAAGAGUUUGAGGAAAAUGUUCGGCAACGGACGAGCGAGGUCGGGCGUAAUCGUGCUGCCGUGCGGCGCGGGCAAGUCGCUGGUGGGCGUGACGGCGGUGUGCACGGUGCGCAAGCGAGCCCUCGUGCUGUGCAACUCGGGCGUGUCCGUCGAGCAGUGGAAGCAGCAGUUCAAGUGCUGGUCGACGGCGGACGACUCCAUGAUCUGCAGAUUCACAUCAGAAGCCAAAGACAAGCCGAUGGGCGCCGGCAUCCUAAUCACGACGUACUCUAUGAUCACUCACGGGCAGCGGCGCUCGUGGGAGGCGGAGCAGACCAUGAAGUGGCUGCAGGCGCAGGAGUGGGGGCUCGUGGUGCUGGACGAGGUACACACCAUCCCUGCCAAAAUGUUCCGACGCGUGCUCACCAUCGUGCACUCGCACGCCAAGCUCGGUCUAACGGCAACACUCCUUCGAGAGGACGACAAAAUCGCCGACUUGAACUUCCUGAUCGGACCGAAGCUGUACGAAGCCAACUGGCUCGAGCUGCAAGCUAACGGGUACAUCGCCCGCGUGCAGUGCGCCGAGGUGUGGUGCCCCAUGAUACCAGAGUUCUACCGCGAGUACCUUAUACAGAAAAUAAACAAAAAGAUGUUGCUAUACGUGAUGAAUCCGUCCAAAUUCCGCGCCUGCCAGUUCCUCAUCCGCUACCACGAGCGGCGCGGCGACAAGACCAUCGUGUUCUCCGACAACGUGUUCGCGCUCCGGCACUACGCCGUCAAAAUGAACAAGCCCUACAUCUACGGGCCCACGUCACAGAGCGAGAGGAUACAGAUUCUGCAGAACUUCAAGUUUAACCCCAAAGUGAACACGAUAUUUGUGAGCAAAGUGGCUGACACGAGUUUCGAUUUGCCGGAGGCUAAUGUGCUCAUUCAGAUUUCGUCGCACGGCGGGUCUAGGCGGCAGGAAGCACAACGAUUAGGUCGUAUUUUAAGAGCAAAGAAAGGAGCUAUAGCAGAGGAAUACAAUGCGUUCUUCUACACGUUGGUCUCACAGGACACGUUAGAAAUGGCAUACAGCCGCAAAAGACAGCGGUUUCUCGUCAACCAAGGUUACAGUUAUAAGGUAAUAACUGAAUUGAAAGGAAUGGACACGGAACCAGAUCUGUAUUACGGCACACGCGAAGAGCAAGGAUUAUUAUUACAGCAGGUGCUGGCCGCGUCGGAGACGGAGUGCGAGGAGGAGCGCGAGGGCGCGGUGGGCGGCGCGCGGCGCGCGGGGGGCUCGCUGGCGUCGCUGGCGGGCGCCGACGACGCGCUGUACCUGGAGCGCCGCAACGCCGGCAACAAACACCCGCUCUUCAAGAAGUUCCGCUACUAAUA